UUAGCGUGCUGGAGUCCAGAGGUGCCAAAAUGCCACAGCAAAAAGACAUCGUGAAAAUAGCCAUCCAGAUGCCGGGGGCCUACCCCCAGCUCAUACAACUGGACCAGAAAAAGCCCCUUUCUGCUGUUAUAAAGGAGGUCUGUGACGGCUGGAAUCUCCCUGGUCACGACAACUACGCGCUUCAGUAUGCCGACGGCGUGCAGACAUACAUCACUGAAUCGAACCGUCUGGACAUUAAGAACGGCUGCAUUCUGCGUCUAACCAAGGCACCGGGGCGCUGCGCGGAGGACUUGUUUAAGGGCAUCCAAAGCAUGGACCUGGGAGUGCGCUGCGAUUCGUUGAAGCAACUUGCCACCGUUUCCACGGACGUGACGUUCGCGCAGGAGUUCAUCAGCCGAGAUGGACACCUCUUGCUGGUCAAGAUAGUGGAAGACUCAAGCGAGAGUGCUCUGAUCAUGACCCACACACUGACAGCCUUCAUGGAGCUGAUGGAUCACGGCAUAGUGUCCUGGGAAAACCUCUCAUCGGUCUUCAUCGAGAAGAUAGCCUGUUUCGUCAACGCCAAGGCGGCCGAGGCGUCGAUCCAGCAGGUGUGCUUAGACAUCCUGGAGAGCAUGGUCCUCAGCGGUCACAGCCUUUUCAUGCAGGUCAAACAAGUGGUGACCAUGGAGAGGCUCAUCGCUCACCUCCAGAUGACUAAUCAGCAGAUCCAAACCAAAGCGAUGGCUCUGCUCAUGGCUCUGUUGCAGACAGCCGGGGACGCGGACAGAAAGGAAAUGUUCGCGUACCUGAAUAAGAAGAAUCUCCGUCAGUACAUUUACAAGAAUAUCAUCCACAGUUCAGGUUCAGUCCAGGAUGAGAUGGCCCACUACCUCUAUGUCCUGCAAUCAGUCACGUUGAAUCAUUUGGAGCCCCGGAUGAGGACACCCCUGGACUGUUACAGCCAGGAGCAGAGAGACAUCCUUCACAGUCUGCGGCAGGCGGCCUUCGAGACGGAGAGCGAGAACAGCCUGAGUCACGAAAGACGACGUUCUCUCUGCGCCAAAGAGUUCAAGAAGUUGGGUUUCUCUAACAAUAGUAACCCCGGUCAGGACUUGGUGCGAACGCCUCCGGGUCUUUUAGCUUUGGACACCAUGUUUUAUUUUGCUGCACGCAACCCUGACGCUUACAGCAGGUUUGUCCUGGAGAACAGCAGCAGGGAGGACAAGCACGAGUGUCCUUUCGCUCGGAGCAGCAUCCAGCUCACGCUCAUCUUGUGUGAAAUCCUUCGCAUAGGAGAAGCCCCCUCCGAGACGGGGUCAGACUACCACCCCGUCUUCUUCAGUCAGGACCGACUGCUGGAGGAGCUCUUCUGCGUGUGCAUCCAGCUGCUCAACAAGACCUGGAAAGAGAUGAGAGCCACACAGGAGGACUUUGACAAGGUGAUGCAGGUGGUGAGGGAGCAGAUCACGCGCACGCUGUCCACCAAGCCGACCUCCCUGGAGCUCUUCAAGAACAAGGUGAACGCUCUCAACUACAGCGAGAUCCUGAAACUGCGGCAGACGGAGCGACUGCACCAGGAAGAGACGCUGGCGCCGCCCGUUCUCGAACUGAAAGAGCGUCUGAAGCCCGAGCUGCUUGAGUUGAUCCGUCAACAAAGACUCAACAGGCUGUGUCAGGGGACCUUGUUCCGGAAGAUCAGCAGCCGGCGCAGACAAGACAAAUUGUGGUACUGUCGUUUGUCGCCCAAUCACAAAAUGCUGCACUACGGCGACGUGGAGGAGGACACGGAAACGCCACCCAUUGAAACGCUGCAAGAAAAGAUCCCGGUGGCAGACAUCAAAGCUCUGCUGGUGGGCAAAGAGUGCCCUCACAUGAAGGAGAACAAAGGCAAGCAGAACAAGGAGGUGUUGGACCUGGCGUUUAGCAUCACCUACGACGUGGAGGAGUACAGCCUCAACUUCAUCGCCCCCUCAAGGACUGACUUCUGCCUGUGGACGGACGGACUGAGCGUCCUCCUGGGCCGGGAAAUGAGUAGCGAAUCCAUGCGCAGCGAGCUGGACAUCCUCCUCUCCAUGGAGAUUAAGCUUCGCCUCCUGGAUUUGGAGAACAUCCCCAUCCCGGAGAAUGCGCCUCUCGUCCCCAAACCACCGAGCAACUACAACUUCUGCUACGACUUUAGUCAAACUGAGCAGUAGAGGGCGUGACACCAAUGUGUGCCUGUGUAAAUAUACAGUGUGUGUGAUUGAAGAGGAUUGUAUGAUUGUGUUUGGGGCUCUGACUUACAAGUGAUGCGUUUGUUGCAAAUGUUCAUGAGCUCCUACUGCUGCUGUGCUCAUCUUUAACAUCAGCACAGCGUGACUGAACCUCACAAUUUCAAGUGCAAUUUUGCUUUUUUUUUUUUUUUUUUUUCUUAACCAAUCUGUUCCAAAGUUUUUUAUAGACUCAGUGAAGUGAAUGAAAAUCUACCUUGUUUUAUGUCAAAGCAAAAAAUGACCCUUGAUCUUAUUAUAGAGUACAGAAGAACCAAACAAAAACCUGUGCUUUAAAUUUGUUUACUGUGUUUUACAAUGAUCAUUUUGGGCGACUUGGAUGGAAUAUUCCUGCAAGCAAGUCGGGGGUAGUGAGACGUCUCGCAAAACUUGGUCCCUCAAAGAAAACCAAAUGUUUUUUUCUGUGCAACUCUUGCCAAGAUGUAGUAUAAAUAGCCCUUUUUUUGUUAUUAUGAUUUGUAUGGUACAUGUUUGUCAGAACAGACAAUUUUGUUUGUCUUGGACAAUGUUCUGCUCAAACAAAUAGGUACUCUCCUGUGUAAACUUACUUCCUGUGAAGAUGAAAUGAUGCAUUUUCUAAAAAAUAAGCAUGUGGAUGUGCUUACCACAAUCAUCUCUGUAAUAAUGCAAACAAGUUGCAGCUUUUUUUUUUUUGGGUGACAGAACAUGAAUAUUUUUGAAUUAUUUUGUGCCAUUGCUUUAUUUAUAAAAACAUUUUAUGAGAUUACAGUCACAGUUCUGGUGCAUUGCAGUUUUAAACCACCGCGUCGGCCAACAAAAGUGAUGAACUUCAAUGUCGAACGCCAACAUUGUCCUAGCGAAGAUGCUGACAUUACCUUUGGACUCAUCUGUGUUUGUACUUUGCAAAGAUCUCUUAAGUAUAUAAAUAAAUACAAUGAAAUGUCUAAA